UGUAGAUCUGUGUGAAAUAGUGCGUCCCUUAAUUUCCACACUUCACGCUUUUGAUUCGAAGCCAGGGAAUCGGUAAUGCGGAAAGUUGGAUGGCGCAAAGAAAUUUUUGGCUCCAGUGAUUAUUAUAACCUGAACAAACACACCUUGACUUUCUCUCCAUCCAAAAACAGCGUGGGUUUCUGGCCUUGUUUCAGCACGAGUUUUCACCACGAACGCUACAACAGUCGUGCACCCAUCCAUCCAUGCACUUAAACACGAAAAUGAACAGAGACGCUAUAACUUAUAAAGUGUCGUAAUCAUGCUUAAAAAGACGCAGAAAUGAAGAAAUUUAUGUAAAGAUUGCACCCAAAAUUUGUACACAUUCCUAUUAAAAUAAAAUCCAAGUGGGAACUUUAGUAGAUUGAUGGAAAGUUAUAAAAGUUUUGACACCAUUUUAUGUAUUUGCAUGCAAUGUCACAAUGUCAAUAUUGCAAUAUAUUGCAAAUCAGGUAAAUUUAACCGGACAUCACUUAAUUAUAGCUAGAAAGCUCAAAUAUGUAGAAAGUGCCGUCCUUCUGCAUAUUAACAGCCAAAAACUGACCCACAUGCUGGAAGGAGGGAAAUAAAAGACGAGUUUAUAAACAAGUCAAAACACGUCUAAAGAACCAGCACACAUUAUUUGCACCGGUGCAAACUUGACAAAUCGUGUAACAAAAAUGCGAGUAAUUCAUACUCCCCCGCAUAAUCUCCAAAUCAAUCAGUCGUCAGCUAGGAGUGCGUGCGAGAGCAGCAAAUUAUUUCUUCCUGUGCAAUCUAAUUUUUCAACUAUAAAAUAUUAAAGCAAAUGCCUUUCUCAAGGCCACACCCCCCCAUUCCACCAUGCCUAAAAGGGUCCCCCCUGUUAAGUCGAUGGACAAAGUGGGAUCUGGUCCUUUGGAUACAUUUGUUCAGAAAAGACCACGGUCAUCAACUCUUGGUUUUGAUCAAUCAGAACAACACGAAAAGGAGAAUGCUGCGCCUCGUGUUGUUUUGACCGGUCAAACUUCUAUCCAAGUUGCUAGGGAAGAAGAUCAGUCCUUACGCCAGGCCAGUCCAAAACCAUGUACUUCGUCCUCGAUGAUGACAGCUGUUCAAAGCGCAGUCGAAGAGAAUGGACUGGACGAUUCGGGUGUUGUAGAUUUGACGUUUAGUGAUGAUGAAGAGACUGGUCAGGAAGAAGAAGCAGGGACAUUGGAGAACACGGAGGAGGUCAGCCCCCAACCCGACCCUUCACGCGGAAUCCCAGUUCCUCAUUACCGACACGGAGAUUUGUCGGACAAUGUAUACGAACAGUUCCACCGCGAAGUUUUAUUGGAUUGGCUCGACGAGGUGAUGAAGAUGAAGGUUCCUGUGAGCAAUGACACCAAAAGAUUGGAAUUGGAAGAAGCAGCCAACUGGGGUCAACAACGUCGAAAAGGGAAACUACUUGUCCAAUUCGACACAAAAAUUCCCGGCUCGAAAGUUAAGGGUUAUUACGUGAUCAGGUCUGGUGCGAGAAACAGCCUGGUAUCGUACUACAAAAAGGUCAUGAAAGACGGAAUAUCUCAGUCUCGCAGAUUAAGGACCAUGGAAUAUAGAGAUUCCAAUCAUCCUCUACAUGAAACCAUCAAACACAGCAAUUCGAGUUCAAAGGAUAAACGUCCCCCAUUGGAUAUCGUGUACAUUGCCACAUUAUUCGCCAAGGAACAUCUGAACAUGAGUUUAAUUGAAAUCAUGAAGAAAGAAUUUGGACCGGUCCUAGAAGGUGAAACUCUUCUCCGGCUAUUGUAUUACAUCGGGAUCUUCGCUGGCACUACUGGUUAUUUUUCAAUGCGCGAUACUCACUUUACCAAGACAUUAGAUCCGAGUCAUAUCUACCUCCGUACUAUUGGCAGCCUGAAUCCUUUAGCUUGUAUGGAGAACAAAGUAAUUCUGUGCGACUCCGCUGCGACAAAACAAUGUCUUGAAGGGUUUUUGAUGGCCUAUGCGAGAAAGACAAACGAAGUAGUUGGCUAUGAACGGUACAUUGACACAGACACGGCUUCCCCCCACUUUGAGUACAUCAAAAAGGCCAUCAAAUACGCAGAAGACGAAAUCCCCCUGUUCCGUAUUGUAGAAAAAGGGGACCGGUCCCAUCCUCCCCUUUGGGCCACCAUGGAAGAAGCAACCACCCUACCUUACACCAUCACUGAGGAAGAGCUCAUUCUCCGCUUUGAUCCAGAUAGGCCAGAGGUUAAGAGACACUACAAAAGCUUCCAGGAUUUGGCUCACCUUAUCAGUGAAGUUGGCGACCCUCCGGAGAGCUAUUUUUACACCAACCAAAAGUCCCGAAAAGAAUUCAAAGAAGAAUUUGACAAGAUCAAAGCAGCUCGUGAAGAGAAACAAGACUAAGUUAGUGUUUUUAGUGAUUUGUUAAUACCUGUUAUAUGAUUAUGAUUAAUUCCGGGUUAACUGCCAAACUUUAUGAAAUCCUAUCCGCUGCAAUUUUCCAGACAUAACUAUAAAACCUUAUCGUUCCUCCGACUGAACAUGCUACUUGUUCAGACUCAUUUUGCAUUUAUUGUUCCGUGAAACUUUCGCCAAACUGCUUUUUCCGCACGCGAGAUGCAUAUUACUUCCCACUUUCUGUUACAAGAAAUUGGGCAAACAGAGAAACCCAAUCGUCGUCUAUGCGACGAAUUGUCUACAUGCAUGCAUAACUGGGCUCAACAUGAUUUUGAUUGUUCACUUGAGUUGAAGUCAUGCAGGGCGAAGAAGAAAGUAACCUCGUCUUCCGGUAUUGUUCGCAAAUAAAUGGCUUUGUUAUUUUUCUUUCGCCAUUGUGUGAUGCAGUCUAAUGCGAUGUGAAUCGAACUGCUGCACUUUUCCCCCUUUUAUUUGUUUCGUGUGAAAUUUCAGACCUUUAAUACCUCGUCAUCAGGGUGGUGGGCUUGUUAGUUGUUAGUUGGUUGGUUAUAUAUCGUAUCGUAUGUGGCAGCUGAGCCAUGCCCACACACGCCAAUCAAUCAAGGUUGUUAGUGUUUCUGGGGAUCGUGCUAUUUCCCACCACCAAUUUUGGCAAGAGAGAAAUGGGUAAUUUUUUUGGACGGGUGCUAUUUAAGGGGUUUUGUUGGUAGGUAUUUUGGAAAUCGGGAUCUGGUCAGGGUGAAAUCUUGAAGUCAGGAUUAUUUAUUAAUGGAAUGGGCUUGUUAUGUACUUCCGGACGAGGAAAAUGAAUAUUUAUUUAUAAAUUCGAGGAACAAUAUUUGAAAUCAAAAUGAAAUAUUUGUGCCAAAAACUUGGUUUUUGUGUUAGUGACACUUCUGCUGCUGGGGAACAGCAGGAUAUUCAUGAUUGAAGGGAGGAUACUGCACUAGAAUAAACUGGACAUGACAAUCCCGCAUUUCCAACUCGGAACAAAAUUUAGCACUAAUUUGCACUUACAUUUGCAUGAUUGACAUGACGUGGCACGACCUCUAAUAAUUCUAUGGCCCUGGUCUGCGCUAAAUUUUCUCCCAGUGUAGCCACGCAAACCUCAAAUAAUACCAUCACCCCACCGCCUUCCCGGUGUAAAUCCUUCGUGACUUCUCACUUGAUUAUUUACUACGUGUGCAAAUUACAAACUAAAAUAUAACGAUUGACCAGUCUAUUGUUUGCAAAUUUUUGUACGAAAUCCGCCACUUUCUAGAAAAACGUUUACCUUACAUACUCGCUAAAUUAUGGACUGGUUUUGUAAUCAAUCUUACAAAAUAAUACUCUUUCAAUACAGUAAACUGGUAAUUAUUUAAUCAAUAAAUAAUUCAAUAUCAAGCAAACAAAAAAUAAAAGAAAUAUAUUUUUCGCAAUUUCCUAUAAAGUGAAGUAUGUUAUGUAUUCAUUUCUGCGAAUUUGACAUUUCUACUCCGAAAUAAAGAAUUCUCCACGGCAGAAAAGGAUAAAUGACGAAAUCAUGCAAUACCUGUAAUUUUCCUGUACUAAUUUCUUUUCGUAUUUUUUUCUAAUAAUAUUCGACCUCUGAAAAUUGCCCUUAUUAUUACGAAUAAACUCAAUAGGAUAAUAUAU